AUGGCUGGUCAGGUCUCCAGCUCCUUCAUCGCCCGUACAUCCCUCGUCUUCGAGAAGGCCCCAAACCUCUCCUCUCAAGACUCUGACCUGUUCUCUCACGGCGACAGCCCCAUCCUGAGCAACUAUCGAACAGCGCCCAGCAGUCGUCGUGACAGCUUCACCUUCAGCAACGCGGCCCUCAACAACUACAAUAACAAUACCAUCACCUCCAACAACAACAACAACAACAACAACGCCAAUACCAGUUUCAACAACACAAACUCAAUUCGAAACAGCUUCUCGAUGGCGGACCUGUCUAACCUUGCGAACAAGAGUCGUCCCUUUGAGGGGGGGAAUGUGCGCAAGCUGGUCACUUCGUUCUCUAAUCCGGCGAUUCACCUCAACAUCAGCCAAAAUGGGCACCAGUUGGGAUUGAAGCCUGUUCGUUCGCCGAGUGUUCUUAUUGAACCCCCCUCUGAUGAAUUGACGGCGUCCCAUCUACAUCUGGACGUUCUCAAAUCGGCAAUUGCUGUAGUAGACCCACCAGCACUACCAGUGCCACCACCACAACAACAGGAGGAGGUGGUGGUGGAAGAAGAGGAUGGAGUGGUGGAAGAAGAGGAUGAAGUGGUGGAAGAAGGGGAUGAAGUAGUGGAAGAUGAGGAUGAAGUGGUGGAAGAGGAUGUUGCAGAGGAAAUCGAAGGCGUCGAGAUGACUGUUGAAGUCCCCAAGGUGAUGGUGGAGGUCCCCAGGAUUGAAAUUGGGUCUAUAUCGCCCCUCGCCCAUCUCCCGAUCGGCCCUAUUGCGCGCAUGAACUGUCGAGAGCAGACCGUCACAGAUGAGGACGGCAGCUUCUGCCAGUCCAACCAGCUCCUUGCGGUUCCGUUCGGGGAGCGAGUCCGGUCGCACAUCAAGGACUCCGGUGACGGCACACCCUGUCUGGAGUUGAACCCCUUCUCGCCCUACUCACCUGGGAUCCUCAAUCUCGAGUCCAUUGUCGCCUUCAGCCACCAGACCGAGAACCACAAAUCUGUCGAUCUGAAUGACUUUAUUGAGACGGUCGAUUUUGGAGGGGAGGGAGGGACAUUCGAUUAUAUCGGACAAGCGCUUGGAUCCUCUCAGAUGCCAGUUGAAGAGACCUUGGUUAUGGAGCAGAUCCUCUCCAACGCUGUCGAGGAGAUCGACGAGAAGGAAGAGCCGAUAGCAGUGGAGGAGAAAGAAGCGCUGAUGCAGUCCGAUACUCACGAGGGGCAUGUCUUGGUGGUUCACUUGGAGGAGACCUUGGAAACAGUUGUGCCAGUUGAACCAACAGUCGAGAGUUACGCUGCUGAAGAGACAAUCAUCGAUGACGCGCCCGAGGUCCAGCACCAACCGGCGCAAGAAAUAAUCUCAGAAUCCCCUCAAGCAUAUGAAGCAGCACCUGUCGACAGUGCCUCCCCUGCCGCUCUCCCCAAUGCCGUCUCCGAAGCACCUCCUGUCUCCACCUCCACUUCAACUGAUACCUUUGAGUGCAAGAACGUCUCCCCAGCUUCUCAGAGCCGUCAGUCGUCCAGUCAGUUGAACCAGUGCCAUGGUGGAUCGAUGGUGAUGCACGACCUCCCUCACGAGCUCCUCCGUGAAUCCCAGCUCUUGGAGAAGCGGCAGCAGCAGCAUGGCAGCUAUUCAAAGCUGAACGGGUCCUGUUUGUUACACUUGACGACAUCCAGAUGCUCGAACCAUAGCGGACCUUCAUCGAUGCUUGCCUCAUCUUCGACCUCCGGAUCAACUGCUUCUUCAUCAACUCGUCUCCAGACCCCACAGACCUGCAAUGGAUCGUUUGAGCGAAACACCGUCAUGUCCGAGGAUGACAUCUCGAUGCCUUCAGCCUCCGUUCAGUCGAGCGACCAUGGCCACGGCCGGUCCUCUAUCCAGUCCUCUUCUGCAGAUAACGACGUAGCCGCAGGAGGGGGAGCAACCUCAUCCUCUGCAGCGCCCCCCUCGGCGACAUCGGGCAGCAAGAAGCCCGCCAAAAUCGUGACCCGCCCCACCAAAGGUCUAUCGAUGGCGCUUGGUCGGACGUUUUCGAUGAUGCUCGACAUCACCUCUGCAGCAACGACGGUUGGGUUUGAGGAUGAGUCGCUUGAACAUGUUGUCUCAUCUAAAGUCUCUCGCACGGGCAAGCUAUUUGCGCAAAAGAUCAAGACGAUUGCCAACUUUGAGUAUAAUACCUCCAGAAAGCUGGGUAAAGGCAACUUUGGGGUUGUCUACCAAGGCAAAUCAACCCACGGCGAUGAGGAGGUGGCGAUCAAGAAAAUUACGAGGAAACUCCCAGGAGAGAUCGAGAAGCUGGGCUUGGUUCAGCGCGAGAUGAAAGUCUGUCGUCUCUUCCGUAACAAGACGGGUAUCGUGCCGCUGUUGGAUAUUAUAACGACGAACAAGCACCACUACCUGGUCUUUGAAAAGGCGGAGGGUGACCUGGCAGAGAUGAUCAAGGCCCGGUGCAAGGACGCGACGGGCAUCGAUAGGAUUAACCGGGACCCAUACCAACAACCCAUGUCUCCCUCCUGCACUCUCGGCGCAGUCUUCAACAUCCACGAGAUCCGGUCCAUCAUGCGCACCGUCGUCCUGGGUACCCAGUCACUCCACUACGAAGGGUUCAGUCACAAGGACAUCAAGCCCGCCAACAUUCUCUUCCGUGAAGGCCAGGGCCUCCUCUGUGAUUUCGGUCUCUGUAGUCAGCGCGAAGAACUGCCUGACAACCAGUUCUUUGGUACACAGGAUUAUGCCAGUCCCGAGGCCCGACGCGUCGGUGGGCCCAAGAAGUGCGACUAUAUCCAGGGGGAUGUCUACAGUCUGGGCGCAGUCCUGUAUGAACUCGCGACGGGGUCGGUGCUGUCAAAGGUGAUCAGUCAGGGAAUCAAUUGGCAGAAGCUGGCGCUGUUUGGAGGGAGAUCGUUCAGCGAGUUGAUUCAGGGGAUGGUGGAUGAUCUAGAGAAACGAUGGACGAUCGAUCGGGUGGUGAGCAGUCGGUUCUGGGAUGAGCCUCACUCGGACUCUGCCUCGGCUAUGACCGCCGUCUCGGAGUCGUUGCCUUUCUCUCCAUUCUCGGCGACAACUGCUGCUAAGUUGAUGCGACAGGUGGUUGUAGGUGGUGGCGGUGGAAUUGAUGUGGUGGCGGUUGGAGCGAUAGGCGCAGUGGAUUCUUCUACACCUUGA